CGCAGAAACACAAGAGGGGCGCAGCUAUCUGGUAAGAGAUGGAGUUGGGGGGGGAGCUACAACGUGGAGCAGAUGAAUGGCUGAUGACCUUGGAGAAGGAAUGCAGGCGGUUACAGGUGAUUGUGGGGGAGCUGUCUUUGCAGUCGCAUGAGGAGCCAGAGGUCGAAGGGGGAGCGAUUUCUGUGGCUGAUUGGUUGAAAGAUAUGACUGACGACAUGCUGGAUAUUAUCUGGGAGCUGGAGGAGGGGCCGGAUCCCCAGCUUGAAGCCUGCAUCGAUUGGAGGAGGGUAGAUGGCAUGAUGUCUACCUGCUAUGCCCUCUUCACUGAGAGUCAAAACCCGCGCUAUAUGCUUGAAGAGCGGCUGGAAGGCGAUAACGACAUGGAGGAUGAGGACUGGCAGGAGAAUGGAGCGAAGGAAGACGAAGAUAACUCCGGCGUCAACAACAACAACAACAACAACGACAACAACAACGACAACAACAACAACAACAACAACAACAACAACAACGACAACAACAACGACAAGAAUGACAACAACAAUGGCGACAGCAUCAACAACAAUGGCGACAGCAUCAACAAUGACAACUACAACGACAACAACAAUAAUUACGUCGACAACAACAGCUUCAACAACGACAGCGCGGUCGGGGAUGACGGUAAAAGCAAUAACAAGGACAACAACAACAGCAACAACAACAACAACGAAAACAACAACGAUGACCACGGUAACAGUGGGACUGGCAGCAGUGACCGUGCAACCAAUUUCAUCAUCAGAAUGGUGAGUGAGAUGUCGGGAUCUGAUGUGGACAGUGGGAAGGGGAUUGGGGCUGAAACAAAGUGGUGUUUUAUCCUUCCCCCCUCCAAUCUUCAUAGGGAAUUGCUUCUUGCUGUCUGGCUCAGGGCGGGGGUAGGAUAGUUGAAGGGAUUGAAGUUGCCCGACCCGCAAUUUCAAUCAAGAAGGGCGAUCAGC